AAGGUAAAAACAAAAACAGAUUGGUUUGGGGCCUCAGAGACAUUCCAUAAAAGCGUAAGGAGCAUUCCGUAAUACCUAAAUACUUUGCAAACUCUUCCAGUGGCUUCCAUUGCUUUGUCGUCUUCAUUUUUCUACCCCCGGUAGUGUAUUUGUUUUCAGUGAAAAAGAUGAACCCAAGAGUUGAUAAAGUGGUGAGAAGGACAACGAUGGUGGCUACUGUUACUGCUUCUUAUUUCCUUCUUACUGCUGAUUAUGGCGCUGAACCUAAUGUUCUCGACCCGAUUAAAAAUGCAAUACUCUCAGCAGAACAUUCUCUCAAAGAGUCAAUCUUUGGAUCAAAGAAGGAUGUUCUAGAACACGAUGCUGAGAAAUCGGCCCCUAGUGUUUUGGAGAAACAUCAAAAGUCUGGUGGCUAACUGGUUUUCCUCUUCCAAUCGUGCAAUGUUUAGAACUACAGCUUACCCAACAUCUAAAACUCUUUUAUCUACAUUUUCUGAAUGCUUUUUCUUCUAAAGGUGAAUGUCAAUAAUUAGGAUUGCCUCCUUUAAGCUUGUUAGUAAUGUAGUAAAUGUCACGCAGGAGCAUGUUUGUUUUGAUAUUUUUGGCAAUUUUCGUUGCAAGAUUGGAAAUAUGACUUAUAGCAGACUAUUCGGGAGGUUUUUGUAAUGAGCCUUUAUGUAUCACAACUUCAUGUAAACCCGUCUUCAGUGCUUUGGUUCAAUAGUAAGAGAAAUGUAAUGGGUGUGGAUUAGACGCA